UUUUACUUUUUUUUCUCUUUUGGUCUCUGCUCUCUCUCUCUCUUUUACUACUGCGAAAGCAUCUUCAUUCACUUUCUCUUUUGCAAUCUCAAAACACUUUUGCUUUUUGCUUCUGCUUUGUCUAAGUGUCUUUACUUAACUUUACCUUCUGAUUGGAACGAAUCUACCUUCUUCUCUCCUUCUCUUUGCUCUAAUCUCUUCUUUCUCAGAACUCUGUUUUUCCCGGGAAAAAACUAACCGACUCCUCAAAGCUUCUCUCUUUCUCGUCUUAAUCACAAUUCUCCACUCCUCUUCACCUCCCUGUAACUUCCCCAUCUCAUAAUUCAUGGGGAUCUGCCACGGAAAACCCACCGAGCACCAAUCAAAACAGAGCACCUCUGUUUCCUCCGAUCAAACUCCGGCGACGAAAUCUUCGGGCUUUCCGUUCUACAGUCCAAGCCCAUUACCUAGCUUAUUCAAACCCUCGCCUUCGGCAAGCGCGAGCUCGACGCCGACGCCUCUCCGCGUCUUCAAGAGACCUUUCCCUCCUCCUUCCCCUGCUAAGCACAUACGCGCUUUCCUCGCGCGUCGCAACGGCUCCUCCGCCACCAAGCCAACACCCAACGAGGUCACGACGAUCCCUGAAGGCAAGGAGUUCGAGGUAGGUCUUGAUAAGAGCUUCGGCUUCUCGAAACACUUUGGUUCGCACUACGAGGUUGAUGGGGAGGUGGGUCGGGGGCAUUUUGGGUAUACUUGCUCUGCUAAAGGUAAAAAAGGAAGCUUGAAGGGACAAGAAGUUGCUGUUAAGGUCAUUCCUAAGUCCAAGAUGACAACUGCAAUUGCGAUUGAGGAUGUUAGUAGAGAAGUGAAGAUACUGCGAGCUUUGACUGGUCACAAGAACUUAGUCCAGUUCCAUGACGCCUUUGAAGAUAAUGAGAAUGUCUACAUUGUCAUGGAGUUAUGUAAAGGUGGUGAGCUCUUGGACAAAAUACUUCAAAGAGGUGGCAAAUACUCAGAAGAUGAUGCUAAACAAGUUAUGGUUCAGAUUCUUAGUGUUGUAGCUUACUGUCAUCUACAAGGUGUGGUUCACCGUGACCUUAAACCAGAGAACUUUCUAUUCAGUACAAAAGAUGAGACUUCUCCUCUAAAAGCAAUUGACUUUGGUCUCUCUGAUUACGUCAAGCCAGAUGAGAGGUUGAAUGACAUAGUAGGAAGUGCUUACUACGUCGCCCCUGAAGUUUUGCACCGUACAUACGGAACAGAAGCUGACAUGUGGAGUAUUGGAGUGAUUGCUUACAUUCUUCUUUGUGGGAGUAGACCCUUUUGGGCCCGUACUGAAUCAGGAAUCUUUAGAGCUGUACUUAAGUCAGUACCUAACUUUGAAGAAGCUCCUUGGCCCUCACUAUCACCUGAAGCUGUAGAUUUUGUGAAGAGAUUGCUUAACAAAGAUUACCGUAAAAGACUAACUGCUGCACAGGCUUUGUGUCAUCCGUGGCUGGUUGGCUCGCAUGAACUCAAGAUACCUUGUGAUAUGAUCAUAUACAAGCUUGUUAAAGUGUACAUAAUGUCUACUUCACUCAGAAAAUCAGCUUUAGUUGCUCUUGCCAAGACAUUAACUGUACCACAGUUAGCUUAUCUGAGGGAGCAAUUUACAUUGUUGGGGCCAAGUAAAAAUGGACAUAUCUCCAUGCAGAACUACAAAACAGCAAUACUAAAGAGCGCAACAGAUGCUAUGAAGGAUUCAAGAGUCUUAGAUUUUGUUCACAUGAUAAGCUGUCUUCAGUACAAGAAACUAGACUUUGAAGAGUUCUGUGCAUCAGCAUUGAGUGUUUAUCAGAUGGAAGCAAUGGAAACAUGGGAGCAACACGCACGGCGUGCUUACGAGUUGUUUGAGAAAGAUGGGAAUAGACCCAUCAUGAUUGAGGAACUUGCAUCGGAACUCGGACUCGGACCAUCAGUCCCGGUGCAUGUUGUGCUUCAGGAUUGGAUAAGACAUUCAGAUGGAAAGCUUAGUUUCUUGGGUUUUGUCAGACUACUACAUGGUGUGUCUUCUCGUACAUUACAUAAAGCUUAGGAGCAAUGACAUUGUUUGAGUGUAGAUUUGGUUUCUUUUUUUCCUUUUUCUUUUUCUUUCUACCGUUUCUUGAUAGUUUUGAGUCAAAUAUUCGAUGAUUAUGUCAGUGUAUGUAUGUGUAAUGUGUGUGGUGUGGGGAAGGAAUGGUUUCAGAUGAAGAGGAAUGUACAGAAUGAGACUUAUUCCAUAUC